AGUAUCGAUUAUCAAUCGAUUAUCGUGAUAGUCGCCUGCGUCUGUGUAAAUUUACUCAUAUUUGAAAGACAUAUUUGAAGUAAAUUUAUAAUUCAACUACAUUACAUAAAUACAAUUCCAUCGAUGAAGACUUGUUCUGCCAGCAAUCUAUAAAUUGUUUUUCUGUUUGCCAUAUCAAACUGCUUAAGUGAAAUUAAAAUCGUGAAAAUGUCGGCAUUACUAAAUAUUUUAUGGAAAAAAGAUUCAUCAAAUCCAAGUUUAUACGUAGAUAUUUUUGCAAUCAAAGGCCAUGAAAUUGUGUUGAAAAACCAUCACUAUACUGUACUUCAGUCCCAAAGAGAUAAUAAUCAAGCAAAAUGGCAUCGUGAACGAGGCAAAGUAUUCUACACGAAGCGAAAAUAUUUUGAAGCAAUAGAAGAAUAUAACAUGUGUUUAGCAUUCGCAGAAAUCGGUACCGAAGAAAUGGGAUUGGCACUUGCAAACCGUUCAUCGUGUUAUAUGCGGCUAAAUAUGCCUUUGAAUUGCUUGACUGACAUUAAUCUUGCCAAACAAUCAAACUAUCCUGCACACCUUAUGCCGAAACUUAAUGCUCGUUAUAAUUCAAAUUGCUUCCGUUUGAUAAAUGAAAGAUUUCAACCAGCUAUAUUUACUAUUCGAGAACCACUAUGGAGUUUUAAACUACAUGAAAAAUUCUCCGGAGUGGCAGAUUGUUUGAAAAUCGAAAGAAAUUUUGUGUACGGACGUCACGUCAUCACAAAGUGUGACCUUGAAAUUGGUCAAAUAGUUCUACGCGAAAAGCCAUUUUCAAUUGUUCCAAAUCAUUCGUAUGAAGGUCGCAAAAAUCGGUGUGCGCAUUGCUUAGAAAAGUUCAAAAAUUUCAUCACAUGCGAAAAGUGCAGCAAUAACUUUUGUUCCGGUGAAGAAUGCAUCAUAGCCAAAUGACGCCUAUUGAUUCAAU